AAAAAUGUUUGAGAAAAAAAAUUCACUCAUUGAAUCGCCCAAAACAGUCUCGAAACAUUCAAUAAAUAAUAACAAAACAAAUAUGGAUUCUAAGAGAUUUAAGACGAAAGAAGAAAUAGCGAAGGAAUUUGACAAUUUACCAGAAAGAAAGAGUAAAAUUGCAACAAUAUUAAAGGAAGAAAAUGUAGCUUACUGUAUCUGCCGUUCUUCAAAACCUGGCUUUAUGAUAUGUUGUGAUUCCUGUGAGGAGUGGUAUCACGGUGAUUGUAUUGGAAUUAGUGAGAAGGAAUCUAAAAGUAUUAAGAAAUAUUAUUGUGAUCGAUGUAAAGUUGAUGAUCCGACACUAAAGACAGUUUUUAAGCUCCCUUCAAGCCAGCAAUCGACGUCACAGAAUGUCGCUCAGUCAUCACUUAGUCAAGAGAUUCAAAAAAAGAAAAAGGAUAAGGAUGCAAGAUGUGGAAAUUGUGAAGGUUGUAGAUCAAAAUUGAUGGGCAAGAAAGGCAAGUGCGAAAAGCGUUUGGGAUCUUAUCAGUUAAAGAAAAAAGACAAAAAGAUUAAGGAAGGACGGAUUAAGAAAAGAAAACGAUCAGUUACACCAGAUCUUGUCAUUAAUCCAGCAUUGGAAGGUCCAAGACAUUGUUUAGGUCCUGAAUGUCGAUACACAGCUCGUCCUCAAUCAAAAUACUGCUCUGAUAUUUGUGGAAUGAAGCUUGCUAGUAACAGAAUCUUCCAGAUUUUGCCAACUAGAAUACAAGAGUGGUCAACGCCAAGUAUUGCAACUGAGCAAAAUAAAAAGGGACUGGAAAAGAAUCGAGCCAAACAGCAGAUUGUGAGAGCAACAUUAAUGGAACUGGAUAAAAGGCAUCGUGAAUUGGAUUUGAUAGUUGAAGCAGCAAAGCAGUGUACGCUAGAAGAAAAUGCUAAAGAUAGGGAAGUUGACAUUGAGGAUGAAUCAAGCAUGUAUUGUGUAACUUGUGGUCAUGAAAUCCACGCAAGGACAGCAAUCAGGCAUAUGGAACGUUGUUUCAACAAGUACGAAAGUCAAGCAAGUUUCGGAAGUAUUUUCAAGACAAGAAUUGAAGGAAAUUCAAUGUUUUGUGACUUUUUCAAUAUUGUCAACAAGACAUACUGUAAACGUUUGAGAGUUUUAUGUCCUGAACACAGUAAAGAUCCAAAAGUAACAGACACAGAUGUUUGUGGAUGUCCAAUGACAAAGAAUGUAUUUGAAUUGACUGGAGAAUUUUGCCGUGCUGCUAAAAAGUCAUGCUUUAAACAUUAUUGCUGGGAAAAAAUCAGACGAGCUGAAAUUGAUCUUGAAAGAGUUCGUCAAUGGAUGAAAAUGGACGAGCUAGUUGAGCAAGAACGACAAAUUAAGCAAGCAAUGGCAUCGAGAUCUGGUCUUAUGGGUCUAUUGCUUCAUAGCAGUUACGAUCACGAAAGAAUGGAAAAGAUUGCAAGAUUACAAGCUAAGGAUAAACAUUAGUGAAUGAAAAACAUUGAAAAUAAAAUAUGACAAAACAUUUAACAUUAGAAAUAAAUCGUAGGAUUAAAAUUUAAUCCUGUAAAUUAAAAUUACA